CUACAACAAGAAUUUUCUUUGACAUAUAGGCCAACUCUUGGGGAAGGUUGUGCAGACCGGUCAUCAAACGACGGCAAAGUCUCGGGGAAAAUUUGCCCGAAUGGCGAUGGAGGUCAACUUGGAAAAGCCUUUAUGUCAAGAAUUGGAGAUGAAGCACACGAAAAAAUGUGUGGAGUAUGAAAACCUGCCAUGGAUAUGUUCCUAUUGUGGCAGAGCAGGACACCUUGUAUCGAUUUGCCCCUUUAACCCACAAAAACCAACGGACCCGAUUGUUCCACCGGCGGCUGGAUCUAGUGACAAGAUUGGGGAGAACAAGCAUCAAUCAUCUGGCGAAUGGAUGACAAUUCCAACAAGAGGAAGGAGGGGACCGGUUAUUACCGAUUCCCCAACGGAUAAAGCCUCCACCUCUGGUCAAACAUGUGGCUCCAGAUUCGAUUUUCGGGUGGACCUGAGUGGCGACAACAGUAAGGGCCAAGGUGGUGUGGAGCAAAGACAAGGAAGGAUGAUGGUGACAUUCUGUCGGCGCCCCCUGCUCAAUCCUCGUCAUUCCUAGGCGCUCGAAAAGCUUCCGCACCUCAACAAUCUUCCGCGGCAAAGAGUGGAUCCAACCCCCACCGGAAAGCCAAAAAGAAGCCUAACAUCUCCCAAGCUCAGAUAGAAAAAACCCUAGACCCUGUCAGACCUACACCCGUAUCAGCCCAACAUGUUGCCCAUAGCCCAGCCCAAGCUCAACCAGUUAAGACUCAAAAGCCCCCCCAAGCCCAUAAAGAAUUUAUAGCCCAACAAGCCCCCACCACCCUAGACCCAGCCAAGCACCAAGUUAUUACUUUUGCUCCCAAGACCAGCCCAGAAGACAUGUGUAGCCCACCCCAAGCCAAUAUAGAGCCCCAACAUGAUGAACCCAUUACCACCCC